AUGAAAGUCGUGGGAAACUAUGGAGUCAAUGCUGCAAACUCAAGCACUGAUAGGUCCAGAGAGCACUUGACCUGUCUUAGAAGUCAGCUCUUUGUAGCCUACAGAAAUGGAAGAGUGGAUGAAGCAGUCUCUCUGGGUUUUCUGCUUUGCUGGAUAGGUGGAGACCUGACAAAUUUCAAAGGCUACCUGAGUAACCAGCUGCCUAUUCAGAUUUUGACAGCCAUCUUCGACAUGAACAUGGAUAUAAUUAUACUCUCACAAUUCAUGUACUACAGGUUAAAGAAUCAUAAGAACAAAAUGAUAUUCCAGCCUCAGUUAUUCAAAGACUCCAUCACCAGAGAGAAAGUCAGAUUGUCACUUUGGGCGGUCCUAUGCCCUGUAUAUAUCCCAUAUUCUUUUAGAUAAGUGAAAUUAGCAUAUAUGGGUAUUACAGUUGUUUAUGCCAUACCACUAUAAAUACUUCUGAGAGAAGAUUUAUUUUGACUUGAGACUUGGCAUUUUGUUAAAUGAAUGCACAAAUAUAUAUGACCAUAACUUAACUAUGAUUUGUAUAUUAGCUGAGUCAAGUGGCAUAUAUAAAAGCAAUGAAGGCUUCUUGGACAUUCUAUACCAAAAUGUGUAGAAUUUUUAAAAAAUUUGUCUUUCUAUUUUCCAGUAGUGUGGUAAAUGUAAAGUGCUUAGCAUUUUGCAUGACACAUGGUAGGGCCUCAAUAAAUAUUAGCUAGUAUCACUAUAAACCACAGAGGCCCUGUUAUGUGGGAGUUUGUAUCUCUCUCUUGACUAAUAGAAGCACUUUGCAGAUAAUAUGUCACACAAUCUAGACAGGUAGUGCUUAAAGGAAUGGGCAUAUCUCCUUAUUUUACAAAUGAGGACAUUGAGGCCCUAGUAAGCUAAAUGACUUAGACAAAAUCACAAAGGUAAAGUGGAAAGCCCAGGAGAAAUCCCCUGGCCUUCAGCCUGCUGUGAUGCUUACCAACUAUAGGUCAGAACUUUUCAGACAAGUGGCACCUGCAAGUGUCUUCAAGCAAGGCCUCAACCUCCAGCACAGCUCUUGCCACCUGCAAACGCCAGGGAAGAGCAAGAUUGAGUUACAUGGCUUGGAAGAAGAGUGAAACAUCCCACAAGACCCAGAGAAAACUCCACAUCCAUUUGCAGCUCAUUUUAAAGCCCAAAUAAAAGCACAAUCUUUGGAAUCAC